CGCUUCUACGGCACCCAAGCGAGUAUGGCGCUACCGCGGCCGCUGCGGUUGUUGUCGCUCGCGACUCGGUUGCUCUUGGGGCGCAGACGCAACUUGGCCAUUCAUGGUCCUGACGAACCCCUGCCGGUGGUGCGCAUUCCUCUGGCUCUACAGCGGCGGCAGGAACAGCGGGAGAGCAGGCGACGGAGCCGCCGGGCACCGGUGCUAGUGCGACCUGGACCGUUGCUGGUCUCGGCGCGGCAGCCAGAGUUUAACCAGCCCGCGCGCCUCACACUGGGCCGUUGGGAGUCAGCGCAGCUCGCCUCGCGUGGGUGGAGGAAUCGACGCGCGUGUGGGGACCACUUCUCCAUCGAGCGCGCGCAACUUGAGGCGCCUGCGCUGCAGAAACUCUCGUCAAAUGAGAACACUUUCGAGGACCUGGGUCUGGAGCCCCGUGUGCUGCGCGCACUCCAGGAGGCUGCGCCUGAAGUCGUUCGACCCACAAACGUGCAGUCUAAGACCAUUCCUCCACUACUUCGCGGCCGCCACAUCCUUUGCGCUGCGGAAACCGGCAGUGGCAAGACACUCAGCUACCUACUACCGCUGCUUCAACGGCUUGUGGGCCGACCAAGACUGGACUCCAGCCGUAUCUCCGCACCCCGGGGCCUGGUCCUUGUGCCUUCCCGAGAAUUAGCCGAACAGGUAUGGGCCGUGGCCAGGGUCUUGGGCAGCUCCUUAGGCCUGCAGGUGCGAGAGCUAGGGGGAGGCCAUGGCAUGCGUAGGAUCAGGCUGCAGCUGUCCAAACAGCCUACAGCAGAUGUGCUAGUAGCCACUCCGGGGGCUCUGUGGAAGGCCCUAAAAGGUCAGCUGAUCAGCCUGGAGCAGCUCUCCUUCUUGGUGUUAGAUGAGGCAGACACACUGCUGGAUGAAAGCUUCUUGGAACUGGUGGACUACAUCUUGGAGAAGAGCCAUAUAGCGGAAGGCCCAUCUGACUUGGAAGACCGUUACAAUCCCAAAGCCCAGUUAGUGCUGGUGGGAGCCACAUUUCCCGAAGGUGUAGGCCAGUUGCUGAGUAAGGUUACCAGCCCAGAUUCUCUCACGACCAUCACCAGCCCCAAGCUACACUGUAUCAUGCCUCAUGUCAGACAGACAUUUAUGAGGUUGAAGGGAGCAGAGAAGGUGACUGAGUUGGUGCAGAUUCUCAAACAUCAUGAAAAAGCAGAUAGGACUGGAUUCGCAGGAAGUGUCCUGGUGUUCUGCAAUAGCUCUAGCACUGUGAACUGGCUGGGAUAUAUUCUGGAUGACCAUAAAAUCCAACACUUAAGGCUACAGGGGCAAAUGCCAGCCUCAAUGAGAGUAGGUAUCUUCCAGUCCUUCCAGAAGGGCUCCCGAGACAUACUUCUCUGCACAGACAUAGCCUCUCGGGGCCUGGACAGCAUCCAUGUGGAACUGGUUGUCAAUUAUGAUUUCCCCUUCACCUUGCAAGAUUACAUCCACAGAGCUGGGAGAGUGGGCCGAGUGGGGAGUGAGGUUCCAGGCACUGUCAUCAGCUUUGUAACCCAUCCUUGGGAUGUGAGCCUGGUUCAGAAGAUUGAGCUGGCAGCUCGUCGAAGGAAAAGCCUUCCAGGACUAGAAUCCUCAGUGAGGGAGCCUUUGCCUUAGCAAAUCUGAUUUUUUUCUGGCUUUAAAGGGAUGCCAGGGCCUUUUUUUUUUUUUUGUCUCAACAAAAGGAACCUGUUCAUUGUCCGUGGUGAAGGUAUCUUGCUUUGUAAACCUUCUCUUCCUCAAUAAACUUUGUUUCAAAAAAAAUGAAGCCAGAACAGAGAUCUUUCCCAGUGCGCUAGGUAUCUUAAGUACUUCUCAGUUGGAGGCUCUGGGCUACCUGUCACCUCCGUGAGGGCCAAAAUGACCUAGUAUGUGACUUGGAAAGCACCUCUGCCUCCCUCUUGUCCUCCUAUCCAUGGGUACUACCAUGUCCUCUACCAAGGGUAUAGAGAAGCCCAGGUGGGCUGGCAUGGGGAGACAUACUGCCUGGUUGGUGGCUACCGGCUCUAUGGGGAUGCUCCCUUGUCCAUGCCAGCAAAGGCUGAUGCAGAGAAGCCAGCACCCAGAAUCCCCAGCCCAGCUCAUGAGACACGCCGGGCUCACAAGAGACGCCGGGCUAUGGAGGAGGCAGAGGAAGACCCAGGUUGCCCCAGACCCAAAAUUCGGCGGGUGCAGCUUGGUAGCCUGAAGGAGAAGGUUCAGAAGGUUCAGAAGGCCCAGAAGAAGGUUGCUGGCUGAGCCAGCAGAAAGGAGAGAGCUAAUGCAUCUUCUGCAGUGACCUCCACAUUCUAUAACCUCAGCCAUUCUGCCUAAGCAUCCCUCAGCCAGGAAUCCCUUGUCUCCCUGGACAAGGAGCCUCAGAAACUGAGGCUGCUUUGAACAUCUCUGGACCAAAGAUGAUCUGGAACAACUAAAAGUCCUCUAAUACAGUACUCUUGAGUUUCUCUUUGGUCAGAAGAAAGAAAAAUCUGCCCUCUGCCUGCCAAGGAGUCAGGUACAGAGAGAGGGUCCAGGGCAGCUUAGCUGGGACCCUAUGUACCAGAUGAGCUCCUGCUUUGAGUCACUGCCAGAAACCACCACAGACCAAGAGGGAUUAGGCUUCCUGAAAUGGGAAGAAGAAAUGUGGGGGCACCCACCUCAAGAGGAAGUCUCCAGCCUGGGGUCUCAGGAGGCAGAAGAAAGAUGGCCAGGGAGAUGU